GCUCUCCUGUGUUCCUCCAAUCAGGAGCUCUUCCUGUCAGGACCGGAUGUUCAUGCUGAAGACAGAUCUGAUUCUUGACCGAUAAUAUAUAUAUGUGUGUAAUGUAAAUAUGUAAAUAAGACGACAGAUUCAGACGCGACAGGAAGAGUUUAGAGGAACUGAAUCUAAAGGUUUGAUGUCAUGGGUGUCGUGUUGACGCGGAGCGGUGAAGAUCCUCAGGUCGCCGCCUCACACUGACGAUGAGCCCGCAGAAGAAGAUGAAGAAGAGGAAGGAGCUGGACGCGCUCAUCGGCCUGAGCGACAGCAGCCGGAGGAAGAGCAAGCCGAGCUGCGGACACCGUCUGCUGCGGACCGAGCCGCCCGAGUCCGAGUCCGGGUCCGAGCCCGAGUCCGGCUCCGAGGAGCGCAGGUUCGGCGGCCGCAGCGGUGUGUUCGGGAGGAGCUUGCUGCAGUGCUGCUCGCUCUGUUACCCGCUGUGUGUGUUCGUGCUUCUGGCGGCGUGCGUCACGGCCUGCGCUGGACUCAUCUGGAUGCAGAUCGCCCUCAAACAGGACCUGGACUCCAUGAAGGAGAAAAUCCACAUCAUGGAGAGCAGUCAGAAGCUCUCGUCACACGAGAUCCUGAAGCUCAGCGAGGACCUGAAGGCCAAACAGAUGAAGCUGGACGAGCUGGAGAGCGGAGACAGAGGCCUGGCCAAACUCUGGUCCAACCUGAGCGAGAUCAAUCAGAAGCUCAGCGCUCUGGAUUCUGCUGUCAAUCACCUGAAGACCAACAUCAGAUCCGCUUCUGAUCUGAUCGCGCUGCCGCGGACGGUGGAGGAGCUGCAGAAGAGCGUGGCCACCAUCGGCAGCACCGUCACCAGCGUCCAGCACGACGUCUCCAUGAUUCAGUCUGUCGUGGAAGAGAGAAGGAAAGGAGAAGAUCAGCUGAAGGCCAAUGAAGAGAAACCUGUGAACAGCAGCAGCAGCUGUGUGACGCUGAAGCAGGACCUGCAGCAUCUUCAGGAGGAUGUGAAGGAGUUGAACAGCUCUCUGCUGCUCCAUCAGUCGUGGUCGAGUGAGCAGAUCCAGAGCGUGCGGUUCGUGCUGUCCAACCUGAGCAGAUGGGUGUCAGCGCUGGACCAGAGCUCCUCAGGAGACACGCCGCCGCCGGCCGUCCGUCCGCUCCAGACUCUUCAGACCGCUGCAGACGUCGCUGAUGCUGGUUCCUCAGCCUCCCGCCGCCCCAGGUUUCUGUCCCGCAGACAUUAUAAACGAGGACAGAUGUCCUCCCGCAGCACAGAGGUGUUUCCCGGGGCAGAGUCUGAGAGAGAUGUGGAGCAGCGGCUGCAGGGCCGUUCGUCUCUGGUCCCUGAGGAGCUGAAGGAGUUGGGCUCAGACAUGCUCCGUGACACGGACCGGGACUCGCUGGAGGAGCUGCGGGCGGCUGAGGUCAGUCCUGAUGACGAGCGUCAGUGAGGAGGGACCGAUCCCCUGACGCUGGCGGUGUACACACUGACUGACCUCGAGGGUCACUCUUCCGUUGAGUUCAGCCAAGUAGCUUGAAACCCUUAACGAGACCCGUAACCCGCCGGAUUAUCAUAAUCACAGCAGCGCUCACCUGUUUAAUGAUUCAGACGCCUUCAUCUCAGAUAAGAGUGCAUCUCACACACCUGUCCAGAACAGGCCAUAAAUCAGCACAGAAUCAAAGGAAGUAUAUCUUAACUAGAGGAAAUGAAGGCCGGUGUAAGAAGUUGUGAAUUGUGACAUUGUUUUAAUGCAGUUUUAGCCUGAAUCUCAUUCCUAUAAUGACAAAAAUAAAUCAUGCUCGUUUUUCUUGUACUGCUGAUUUAAAUCAAUCUGUUUUGCAGAAGAAUACAGUAAACUGGUAUAUUACUGUCAUAACAUUCAUCUGUAAAAAUAGAAAUUACUAACACAAACCCAUCAGAAGCAGAAAUAUGGAUGCAUUAGAUUGAUAAGAAAAUGAGCGGCUCAGUGUGUUUUUCACAUCUGUUGAUGUCUCUUACUGACUUCUUAAUACAGUUAGGCUUCAUUUUCUCUGACAAAUACUCCCAUGAUUCUUGAAGUGUGACCUGAUUUCACGAGAUUCACUCUUACAUAUGUAAAUAUUUAUCUGUCUCAAGAAUGAUUUAGAAUAACUUGUCAGAUCUAGCAAUAAUGUGACCUGUUCAACCGCUUUUAGUAAAUAUAAUCAUCUGAUAUUUAAGAGAAUAUAAUGCAGUGCACUUGUUUUAUCAGAUUUAGUUUUAAUUUAAGGUAAUGUUUGAGGGUUAUUGUGACGUGUAGAUGAACAGCGUGAGGAUGAAGUGUGUAUAUAUAUCUAUUUCUGAGUCGAGUGCACUCAGCUUGUGUCGGGCUGCAGACGUGAAGGACCUCAUCGUGUCUCAAACCUACCGUCACUUCCUGAAACCAGAUAAAAGCUGUAGAUAUCAUAGAACUGGUCAUUUCUAUGUGUGAAACUGAUUUUAAGCAUUAGGAAGAUGUGUGAUCAGGUGAAUUGUACAUGUUCUGCAUGUUCUCUUUAAUGUAACAUGAAUAAAAGCUAAUUUUAUUUAA